AUGGCUGUAACAGCAUCCUCGCUGGCCUAUCAUGAGCCAUCCAUCACCACCAUCGCCAUCCUCUCCGGCUUUCUCCUGCUCCUCAAUACCGUAAAUUACGGCCUCGACAAGCUCGUCUACUGUGGUCUCAUCGGUCAGGUAUUCCUCGGUAUCGCAUGGCUCGUCUACUGUGGUCUCAUCGGUCAGGUAUUCCUCGGUAUCGCAUGGGGAACACCAGGAGCAAAAUGGCUCUCCGAAGAGAUGGAGCACUCAAUGGUGCAAUUGGGAUAUCUCGGCUUGAUUUUGAUUGUCUAUGAAGGAGGUCUCUCCACGUCUUUCAAGUCGCUCAAAGCCAACCUUUUACUCUCAAUUGGCGUCGCCGUCACCGGCAUCGCCGUCCCCAUGGGGCUCUCCUUCACCCUAAGCUCUUUGAUCGGCGCCACACCGCUACAGGCCUUCGCCGCGGGAGCAGCGCUCUGCUCGACCAGUCUAGGGACAACCUUUACAGUGCUGGGCACGAGCGGCCUCACGACCACCCGCAUGGGAGUCGUGUUGACUAGCGCUGCCAUGAUGGACGACAUUGUCGGCCUCAUUAUGGUCCAGGUCGUGUCCAACCUCGGUGGCGGCGGCGGCAGCGACUUCAACGCCGUGACGGUGGUCCGACCGAUUCUCGUCUCGUUGGGUUUCGCGACCGUUGUACCGGCAGUGUGUAAGCUCGUCGUGGGGCCGAUCACAUUGCGCCUGAACACGAUAAGAGAGAAGAACUCUGGGUCCAGGAUUGAUCAGCUUCUUCGUCUGCGUCAGACUGCCCUCGCCAUCCAUACGUGCUGGCUAUUUGGGCUCGUUAUGGGAGGGGCCUUCGCUGGGACGUCGACCUUGCUUGCGGCAUAUGUCGCGGGCGCCACCAUCAGUUGGUGGGACAGCGAGGUGCCUCAUCCCAUAUUCCGCGGAAAGGGCAAGCAGAAGGCAUCCACGGUUCAAGUUGCAUCUGCUUCAGACAACCAGGAAGCUAUCUCUGUAAACCAUCCAGGGCAAUUGAGUUCCGAGAACCCUUCUGCUGCUGGUCCGAUACCAAGCAAUGGCGAAUCGGAUACCUAUAACACAGGCAUUGAGAUUUACGAGCAUUACUACAGCAAGGCCGUUGAUCAUGUGCUGAAGCCGUGCUUCUUCGCAUCCAUCGGCUUCUCCGUACCGAUAACGAAGAUGUUUAACGGUCCCGUUGUUUGGCGUGGAAUAGUCUACACCAUCCUGAUGAUGGCUGGCAAACUAAUGUGUGGUGUUUGGCUGCUAUCUUUUGCCAGUCCAUUGCACACCGUGCAGCGGAUAACCAAGAAGGUAUCCGGUGUAGGGAAGCAGAAGCCGAAGAAACUCGCACCCGGAACACAAUGUGGCGGGACAGCAUCGGAUUCGGGAGCAAACAACAGUCAGACGUCUCCGUCAAAGCAGUCACAGCAGGACCAGGAGCCGCGACAGGGUGCGCAAGAUGGUCAAGCGGAAGAGAUGCCGCCUCAACCGCUCGACUCGCGACAACCCAGAAAAACUCCGAAAAAUGCUUCUCCCAAGCCGGAGAUGCCCGUUUCCGUGUAUCCGGCCUGCAUCCUAGCCUUCGCGAUGGUCGCUCGCGGUGAAAUUGGGUACUUGAUCUCUGCACUAGCCGAAAGUACCGGCAUCUUCAGCGGCGGGUCAGGCGCACCCGAUCAGCCUUCGGAGAUGUUCUUGAUCGUGACGUGGGCCAUCACUUUAUGCACAAUCAUAGGACCGAUUUGCGUUGGUCUGCUUGUGAAUCGGGUAAAGCGGCUUGAGGCGCUCAGCGGCAAAGGCACGAACGGAGGUGGGCGGAACGUUCUCGGUGCCUGGGGUGUGGAAUAG